AUGAACUUCCUCAAGACGCUUGGAGGUUUAGUGGGAUCGAGCGCGACGGGAGGCCUGCCUUACUCGAUGGACACACCGGCUAUGGAUGGGAACGUUGCGGCAGGCAGUGCCGCAGGAGAGAGCGUAGUGUUUGAGGGGCUGCCCGACUUCGUGCUGCAUUCAGGCAAAAGCAAGCAAGAUCCAUCGCACGCUGUGUCCAUCUUCAAGUCACGGCAGCCAGCGGGCCAGCUCACGCAAAAUGCGCUGCGUCGCAUCAAGACACUUCGUCACCCCAACAUCCUGGCCUACCUGGAUGGUACCGAAGUGCCAAACAACGGGCCCAUCCUCAUCGUCACAGAACAUGUCAUGCCCCUAUCCGAGUUUCUAACAGCGCUUCGUAUGGAGUACGGCGCCAAUAGCGAGGAGUUCACUAUGUGCGUGGCGUGGGGCCUGCGCAGUAUCCUUAUGGCGCUCCAGUUCAUCAACGUGGACUGUAAGCUCCUGCAUGGACGAUUGACGCCUCAGAGCAUUUUCGUUACGAAGGGUGGCGACUGGAAACUGGGUGGUUUUGAGCUUACAGCCGAGAUAACAAGCGAUGGACCAUCGUACAUCUACACAGCUUUCCAGCAGUACGCGGACGUCAAUUACAAGUCACCAGAGUGUCAACGCUCCGACUGGAAGGCAGUGGCGACAGGGCCAUCUUAUGGCGUGGAUAUUUGGGCAUUUGCCUGUCUUAUGUACUACGUAUUCAACGAUGGCCAAUUUCGAUCGAGUGAUGUGUCAACGGCAUCGAACAUCCCGCCGGCAAUCCGAACACAGUUCCGCAAGGCAAUCGACGACAACGUUGCACGGCGGCCAAGUCCGCAGAAGAUGCUAAGCUGCAGCUACUUUGACACACCAUUUAUCAAACGUAUGGAUUUUUUGGAGAAUCUUGCCGUGAAGGACUCUGACGAAAAAGUGGCUUUCUACAAAGAGCUUUGCGCCAAUCUGGAGACGCUACCGCGAUGCUUUGGAGUGCACAAGAUUCUCCCAGCGCUGAAACAGGUUGUGGAGUUUGGCGCAGCAACUGGAGCAAAGAAUGGACCCGUGAAACUAGACCCAUCGGCUAGCCACAUGCUCCCUGCCAUGGUCCAGAUUGGCAGCUCAUUAUCUGCUGAAGAGUUUAAGGCGGAAGUGCUUCCGAUCAUCAUCAAGCUGUUUAGUUGCAGUGAUCGUGCUGUCCGUGUGCAGCUUUUGCAAAUGAUGGAGAAGUUCACUGUCCACUUUGACGCAAAGCUAGUGAACAGCUCGGUAGUCUUCGACAACUUAUGCAGUGGUUUUACAGACGCGGCCCCGGUUUUGCGUGAGCUUACUGUCAAGUCAAUGCUACACAUUGCCGACAAGCUGUCGGACAGCAAUCUGAACAACCGCGUCAUGAAGUAUUUUGCAAAGCUGCAGUCGGACCCGGAACCAGCCAUCCGAACAAACACUACAAUCUGUUUAGGAAAGAUUGCCAGCAAGCUUAACGAUGCAACAAGACCGAAGGUGCUGUUCCCAGCUUUUGCUAGAGCGCUGAGAGAUCCCUUCCCUCAUGCGCGUCUUGCUGGACUUCGCUCAAUGACAGCGUGCCAAGAGUUCUUUACAUCCCAAGGAAUGGCUGGCAGCAUUAUCCCAGCGAUCUCACCUCUUCUUCUCGACGUGUCAAUUACUGUUCGAGAGCAAGCCAAGACGUCGAUUGAUAUUUUUAUGAAGAAAGUCAUGGAUGAAGCUGCCCAGAUGAAAGUGCGGGAGGAGCUGGAAGCCAAGGAGCGUGAAAUGAAGCGCGUCUCAGGCGAGGGUGACCACGUGGGUGAUGUUGCGACUGGAGUUACCCCACCACCAUCUUCUAACAGUCACAGCUCAGGUGGAUAUGCUUCUUCUUUAACAGCAUGGGCUUCUUCGGCUGUUGCUUCGAACGUUAAUAAGUUGGUUGGAUCUGGCGGGUCUUCAACCUCACUCUCCGCAUUAGGAACAUCCGCGGCAUCAUCGCGUUCUUCUUCCUUCUCUGGCACCAAGAACCAAAGCAAUGGAUUUAGCUCGACGUCCAAGCAUAGCAGCUUUAACGCGUUUCCUGCCGAUGAUUUCUCUGCUGACGACGGCUGGGGUAAUGACGACGACUUGGACGGGCUAGAUAGUCCUAAACGGACCAGUUCAGGGUUUGGCUCGUCGUUGUCAGUGAACCGAGGGACUUCGUCAUCGUUUACAUCCCCAGCAGCAUCUUCACUAUCUGCGUCGCUGUCAUCUUCGUCUUCAUCGAUCAAACUAAAUGUGUCACGCAACACGGGUAGUGACUUAGCGCCUUCGGCAGCGAAUACGACCACAACAACCUCUUCUUUCGCGGUAAAUAGCGACGGUGGAUGGGGGGAUGACAACUGGGGUGGCGACGAUGACCUGGGUCUCGAUGUAUCAGCGCCUAAGAUGAACACGGGAUCCCAGAAGGGUGUCGGUGGAUUGAAUACCGAACGUCGUGCAGAAGCUCAAGCAAAGACCAAGGCGCAGCAUGAACCUUUGGGUGCGAUGAAACUGAAUUCCACUACUGCCAACGCGAAAGCAGACGAUUGGAACUGGGAUUUCUAG